AAGCCAGUCACGAUUAGUAUGGAAGAAAAAUUUUUCAGUCAAAAAUAUUAGAGAAAAACGCUUGAAAAAUGGAUGAAUCAAGGUUAAAAGAGAUUGCUGGAGCACAUCAUGAAACCUUCGAAGGUUAUUUUAUCAUGGUCAACACAGAUAACACAGGCAUCAUCAAAGCACUCGAUGCCGCAAAAUUCUUGAUGAAGUCUGGAUUGAGCGAUGUCGUUCUCAGUCGCGUUUGGGAUUUGUCUGAUCCGAAUGGUAAUGGUUACUUGGACAAAACGGGAUUUUACACAGCAUUGAAGCUCGUCUCAUUGGCACAAUCUGGCGAACAAAUGAAAAUCACAAAUCUCAUGAUGACCCUCAACAAUCCGCCAAAGUGCGGCGAAAUCCCGCCAAAAGUCUUGGCGAGCAUCAAUCAAGUGCGUUGCAUUCCCGUUGGCAACGUCGAUUGGUCAAUUGCUGCUGCCGAUCGUUUCAAGUACGAGCAAAUGUUCGAGUCAAUGGGUCCCGAGAACGGAUUGAUUCCCGGCAACAAAGUUCGCAACAAAUUGAUGGAAUCCAAGUUGAAAAUUGACAUUUUGGGGCGCAUUUGGGACUUGGCUGAUCAAGAUAAGGACGGCAGUUUGGACAAAAAUGAGUUUGUUAUUGCUUGGCAUUUGGUAUGCGUGGCGCUCGGAAAACGUGUCGUGCCCGAAACAUUGCCGCCCGUUCUCAUGAAGCCCAAAGCGAGCACAGAUGAGUUUGUUGCCGUGUUUCCGGAUCGUAUUUCGCCCCCGCCCGCAGUUCCUCCAUUGCCAGCUGCCAUACAAAAGCCUGUACCGGGACGUCCUCCGGUUCCCAUGGCGACACCUGCUUCACUUAUCGACAUUGGAGGUCCUUUACUUUCGUCUGCAGCUCCUCCGAGCAACGAAUGGGUCGUCACUGUCAUGCAAAAACUCAAGUACGACGAAAUUUUCGAGAAAGCUGAUCUCGAUCACGAUGGUUUGGUUUCCGGCGGUGAAAUCAAAGACGUUUUCUUGAAAUCUGGCUUACCAACAAAAACUCUAGCCGAUAUUUGGGGUCUUUGUGACACAUCAGCAUGCGGCAAACUAACACGAGAACAAUUUGCGCUCGCCAUGUGGUUCGUCGAACGUAAGCAGAAGGAAAAUAUCGAUCCACCAAAGAAAUUGGAGCCAAAUAUGGUUCCGCCGAGCUUGCGUCCUAAGAUUGCGCCGCCGCCAGUUGUUGCUUCUGCAAUUCCUGCACCUUUGAUCUCGGGCUUGCCGCCAUCUACUGCGUUGCCCCUCAUUCCCGAUGAUCCGCCGCAACCCACUUACUCGAAUCCCGAGUUGCAAAUGAUCUCGGAAGACAUCCAAAAGUUGGCAAAGGAACGACGACAACUCGAACUGGAAGUUGCACAGAAGGAAGCCGACAUCAAAAUCAAGGGCGGCGAGGUGCGCAGCUUGGAAAGUGAAUUGACAACGUUGGCGGCAACAUUGAAGCAACUCGAAUACCAAAAAGGUGAAGCUCAAAAACGCUUGGAUGAUCUUCGUGCUCAAAAAGAAGAUUUUAUUUAUAACAUUGACACACGACGGAACGAAAUUUUUGAUUUGAAUGCCGAGGUCGAUAAAGUACGUGAGCAGUGCCAUAAACAAGAAGAGGUGCUCAAGGAGACCGAAACCGAAGUCGACGUUAAACGUGCCGAGUUGCAAAAGUUGAAGGAGGAAGAGCAACAGCUCCAAAAAGACUCUGACGAGAGUCAACGCAAGCUGGAACUCUUGACGAAAAUCUUGCAAGAGACUCAAUUGCAAAUCAGUCAAGUCAAAGCGAUGCUCACGCAGCUCGAGGAAACGAAACGUCAAAUGAGCGACUCUUUAGCUCUCUGCAAAGCCGCCAUCGAGCAAAAUGAUCCAAAUAGCGUUCCCGAUUACUCCUUGAACUUGGAGCCUGAAUUGCAUGACGCCAAGAAACUUCUCGAGGAUCGUCCGGAUCCCACAUUGUCGCCCGAAAAACCAGCAGCACCCGCUUCAACGGGCUUCAACAACGGAUUUCAGGCGAAAUUUGAUGAUUCGUGGAAUGAUCCGUUUGGCGCAACAGCAAAUGCCAUGUCAAAUGACGGAACAAAGUUUGAUGAUUCCUUUGGGGCAUCUUUCGACAAGCCUGCAGAUCCUUUCGCGGCGACGAACAAAGCAGAUCCAUUCGCUCCAAAGCAAGAUGCAUUCGGAAGUGAUCCGUUUGCGGCGUUACAUGCACCCAGAACUGCUGCUGAAGCUGCUUUAACACCGACUCCAACGCGUUCGGGACCUCCUGCACGCCCGGAAUCGCCAUCGCCUGCAUUACCGCCGAAAAAGGCAAAACCUAUGCGUCCUCCGCCUCCCAGACCAGCAACUGGUCCCUCACGCAGCAAAUCCCCAGCGUCAGAUGCCUUUGGAGAUAGUUUCAACAACAGUGGCUCUGGAUUUGCUAAUUUUGCUGACUUUGAUAACAAGCAAAUUCAAAUGUCUGUACCUACUCAACCGGAUUCCGCCUUUUCAAAAGCGCCUGAGGUCAAGGCUUCAGAUUUUGCUGAUGAUCCUUUCAAAAAUUAUCGUUACGAAGAUGUUUUUAAUAUUGAGGAUCCUUUCGCUGAUGAAAAACCUCCAACCACAACUAUCACCGCCUUCGAUGCAUUUGACAUGAAAAAUGACGCCGCCGACAAAAAUGCCAACACGCUCAACUCCCAAAGUGGCAGUUUAUUCGACUUUUUCGACGACAGUUUCUCCGAAAAGGUCAACACGCUCAACACAAAGAAGAAUAAUUUCACGGAUCCCUUUGGCGACAACAAAUUCGGCGGAAACACGAAUGGCAAUGGCAAUGCCAAGAACAAUAAUGGCACCGAAGCUGCUGCCUUUUUCGACGAGUUUAACGACAACUUUGGAGAUUUUAAGAUAACUGACACGAAUUUCGCUGCGACAAACACCAAAUCAAAAAAUACCAAAACGAUUGAUAAUAGCGUUAAGAAAGACUUUAAGAGUGGCUAUGCAAAGCCGAUCAUUAAGCCGCGCACGAGCAACAACAACAACAUCGAAGCAACGGGAAUUUCGAAGCAAGAUUUUUCGCAGGAAGACAAAUUCGAUGAAGUUUUGGCCGCGGUCCUGGAACGCAGCAAAAUCGAACAAUAAAGAGAGAUGAAGAAGUAUUAUGAAGGGAGAGAGCUGUGACUCGCGGUCAAACAUUCAUUCCGAUAGUGUUAAGUUACAUGUUUAUUACUUACAAAUUCCUUCUUGAAUUAGUGUUAUUAGAGUUUAGGUUUCGUUAGUUGUUUAAAUGACGAGAUAUGUUACCGCGUUUAUCCUUCUUUUUUUUUGUUACUGAGCAAAUUCUGAGUAAUCACAAACAAAAUGUAUUAAGUAAAAUUAUUUUUUUUAUCUAAGACGAUAAAAUAUAUAUAUGC